UUGAUUUUAUUUUUAUUAAAGUUUGUUAAUGAUCUAUAUGCCAAAUGGUUGAAAUAAAUAUUUACUAAAAACUACAAAAUUCUUCUUGGUGGAGUUAUAAGGUAUACCGAUAUCUGUUGUGAAACUCUAUGAAAUAUACGGACAUCAAUUCUUCUUGCAACGACAUCGCUACUACUUUGAAUGGCACUGGUAAGCCACUUUGGCGCAGAAUGCCCCCUCUGAAGUUUUAAGAGUUUACAAAGUGGAUGUAUUCCAAUCUACAUGCUUGACGAGAAAUAAUAAGGAUAUCUAUUUGAAUUAGAAAGUAGCGCAAUUGGAGUGACGAUCUUCUACUUGCCGUAUCUUAUGAUCUGUUUACGUUUCGGAGGAUUCAUCGUAUAGCGGAAUGAAGUGCGCUGUGCUGACUUGCCCAAACAAUUGCAAAAACAAAUUAAUAAGGUUUCAUGGUUUUCCGAGGCAAGAAGAUUUGUUCAAACAAUGGGAAAACUUUUGUGGUCAAGAAGUCGACAAAAAAGCAAAAAUCUGCAGCGAACACUUUUUGCCAGAAGACUACGAAAGGACUUUAAAAGUUGAAAUGGGAUUUGCAAAAUACAACAUUCUUAGAAAGGAAGCUGUACCAACCGUGAAUAAACACCUGUUGUCGCCUUCAAAGAAAGCACGCAAGAAACUUAGAUUGCCGCAAAAGAAAGUAACUUGUGAUCCACUAGCAGAUGUAGUAGAAGGAAAAAACGACUACGAAAUGGCGCCAAAAAUAUCGCCGGCUGCAUUAGACAAAUCCACAGGGGAAAAAUUUGUUCCACCUUCUACUAACCUUGGCUGUACAAUAAAUUAUUUAGAAAAUAAAAUCGAAACUUUAAAACGUGAUGCCGAAGCAAAUGAAAAGUUGCUGAAAGACAAAAUCGAAGUGCUGAAGGCUGAAAACAAUCGUCUGCAGGAAUGCUCAAAAAAGCGGCUGCAAGAUAAUGUGCAAUUGGAACAUACGAUAGAUACUCUUAAACUAGAAAAGAGUAUUUUAAAAGAAGCCGAGUUAAAGUGGAACAAACAAACCGCUGCCAUGCAGAUGCGCCUUAGUAGAGCCGAAUUCGAGCAAAAAAAUUUAGAACAGAAGCUGCAAACAAUAUUUAGUCCCGGUCAGAUAAAAAAGAUAAAACGAGGAAAUAAAAAAUUGCAUUGGUCUGAAGAAGAUAUUUCACAAUCCAUAAGAUUAUACACGACAAGCCCGAAAGCAUACCUUAUGUUAAAGGAAAAGAAUUAUCCUCUGCCCAGUGUAAGAACCCUGCAAUUUUGGGCAAAAAAGCGAAGAAUUUCAUUCGAAACGGUCACCGAUGAUGGGGACAAAGUUACUUCAAAUAUCGUAAUCGAAAUGGACGAAACUAACGCGGACGCUGCAAGUUCAAGUAGUGCUGCAGAAAUAGAGAAAAAUAUUUCUCUUGAAAUGAUCGAAGAUGAAAGUGAACAAACUAUUGCCAUGGAAAUGGUGGCUUAUAGCUCGGAUGAAGAUAUGCCAAAUUGUGUGGAGGAAGAUGAAAACAAUAUUUCAAUCGAAAUGAUUCAUAGUGAUUCAUAUGAAGAUAUACCAAACGGUAUUAUACAAGAUGAAACUCCUUGGCUAGAAAUUAAUGAAUUCAUUCUACCGUGCAAAUACGGACCGAAGGGAGGAAAAAAUACGGAUACGACCGCAGAACAAAAAACAUCGUAAGGAAAUGUGGAAAAAUUGGUUUUGUCUGCAUCAAAAGAUUUAAGAGCAUUUUACUAAACGAAUCAGAACAUCAUCUGAAGCAUUUGUUAUUUCUCGAGAAAUAUGUUAAAAUAAGUUAACACUGUAUGCAAAUCGGAUCCUCGUUCAUUUGGAAUCAUCAAAAGUUUUGCUGAACUCAGAGAAUUUGAAAUAUGAAAUGAAAUAAAUAAAGAUUUGCUCUACUUCACAAAAUAAGAUAUGGAAAAUGGAGCCAUAUCACUACGGUUAUACACGUCUCCAACUAAUAAUAACCUUAAAAAUGUGUUUGGAAGACAGAAAGCAGAUUCUGACAUAGUUCAAAACGUGCCAUCUGGGUUCGGUGUGCAAUCUAAGAAAUCCCGCAAAAAGAAAUCCCGCCUGCAGUACGAGUGGAUACUCAUUUAUUUAAUGGUAAUAAAAGUUCUAUGAAAAUACAAGCAUCGGCCUUUAAAAGCGAAACACAUAAAAGUCUGUUUAACCCACAAACGAGGAUUCCGAUGAUAGUUUCUCACGAUUACAAUAAGAAGAAGAAGCAAAGCAAUUUAUGUGCUGAACUACUUAGUUGUAGCGAACCUGCUGCAGAAUGUGGCAUGCAGCAUGCAGAUUUUGAAUUAUUUCAGCAUAGCUAAAGUUGCAUCAAAUUAGCAAAAUUGAACAUUAAAAGUUAAAAGAAGUAUUCACUUAGUUGAAGUAUUACAUCCACAGCUGUUUGGUUCAAGCCAAAUCUGAUAUGCAUAAUAAAUGUAAUAAAAAAAUAUGGGCUAUAAACGGUUAACGGCAUUCGUAAAAUGGAAAAUGAUUGGAUAUUAGCAUAUUCGAGCAUUAAUUAACGGCUAAUAAUAAAUUUAAAAACUCCGGCUGUAAAAUUAUCUUACGUAUUCUUCAAUUGAAGAUUCAUAAUAGAAGUUUAGCAUAAGCGAAAGUCAAAUAUUUAAAUCUAAAGAUCAUCAAAAUGAUAUAAAAACCUUCUUUUUAAGCCAUUCGGGGCUCAAUGAGAAAAUCUACUAAGUGUUAAGUAUUUAUGUAAGUGUUUUAUAAGUUCCUACAGUAAAAUGGAGUCCUUCAUAAUUUUCUUUUUUCUUGGAAUACCGUAAAAAUUACGUGUUAAAAAGUAACAAAUAUGUAAAAUAGGGAAAUCAAUUUUAGAGACAAUAUCGUAAGUUUUAUAGUCGUUCAAUUGGAGAUCUUUUGUAAUUGUUUUGUAUGGUAAAGCUAACUGUGAAAGCAAAGAUAAAUAAAAUAAUAUUAAAA